AUGUGCCACUUUCAGGUCUCCUCACACACUGCUUGUGUUUUCAAUUUUUGACAUAGGGUGCUGGCAGAUUACGGGCCUCCCAUAGCUGCUGCCAGGCCCCUAAUCUGCCAUGGGCCCUAUAUAUACCGCCUCCUCAUGCUGCUGCCAGGUCCAGAGUGUCUCAUGCCAUGUGCCACUUUCAGGUCUCCUCACACACUGCUGGUGUGUUCAAUUUUUUGUCAUAGGGUGCUGGCAGAUUACGGGCCUCCUAUAGCUGCUGCCAGGCCCCUAAUCUGCCAUGGGCCCCUAUACCGCCUCCCUCAUGCUGCUGCCAGGUCCAGAGUCUCUCAUGGGUCCCUGUACGGCCUCCCCAUUGCUGCUGUCUCCAUCGCCACACUCUGCCAUGUGCCACUUUCAGGUCUCCUCACACUCCUGCUGGUUUCCAUUUUGUGAUAGGUUGCUGUAUGGCCUCCCAUUGCUGCUGACUCCACCGCCACACUGUGGCUCCAAACACUGGUUUUGGCCCCGUGACUGGCCAAAUGAGUGAAGUGUGCGGUGAUUCUAAGAUCGACGGCACUCUGCAUGUCAUACUGAGUGACAGUAUUAUUUCUCUUCCCCAGCAGACUCCAAGGGCAUUUAAAUUAAAGGUACAGUGUUCUGCACUAAUAUUA